GAGACUCACGCAGUUGUUGCUGAGGGCUAAAAUGGAGCAGAGAGGAGUUCAACUAGACCAAGCUAACUUAUCUUGUUCCAUCUGUUUGGAUCUACUGAAGGAUCCGGUGACUAUUGCCUGUGGACACAGCUACUGUAUGAACUGCAUUAAAGAGUUCUGGGAUGGAAAAGAUCAGAGGAGAAUCUACAGCUGCCCUCAGUGCAGGAAAGAGUUCACACCGAGGCCUGUCCUGGUGAAAAACAUUGUGUUAGCUACUUUAGUCGAGGAUCUGCAGAAGACUGGACUCCAAGCUGCUCCGGCUGAUCUCUGCUCUGUUAGACCUGAAGAUGUGGCCUGUGAUGUCUGCAAGGGAAGGAAGAUGAAAGCAGUUAAAUCCUGCGUGGUCUGUUUGGUUUCUUACUGUGAGAAACAUCUUAAGCCUCAUUACGAAUCUCCUGCUUUUGAAAAACACAGGCUAGUGGACCCCUCCAAGAAGCUCAAAAAGAACAUCUGCUCUCGUCAUGAUGAGGUGAUGAAGAUCUUCUGUCGUACUGAUCAGCAGUGUAUCUGUUAUCUCUGCACUAUGGAUGAACAUAAAGGCCAUGAAACAGUCCCAGCUGCAGCAGAAAGGGCUGAGAAGCAGAAGGAGCUCCAGGUGAGUCGACAACAAAUCCAGCAGAGAAUCCAGGACCAAGAGAAAGAUGUGAAGCUGCUUCAACAGGAGGUGGAGGCCAUCAAUGUCUCUGCUGAUAAAGCAGUGGAGGACAGUGAGAAGAUCUUCACUGAGAUGAUCCGUCUCAUCCAGAAAAGAAGCUCUGAUGUGAAGCAGCAGAUCAGAUCCCAGCAGGAAACUGAAGUGAGUCGAGUCAAAGAGCUUCAGGAGAAGCUGGAGCAGGAGAUCACUGAGCUGAAGAGGAAAGACGCUGAGCUGAAGCAGCUCUCAGACACAGAGGAUCACAACCAGUUUCUCCUCAACUACCCCUCACUGUCAGCACUCAGUGAGUCUACACACUCAUCCAGCAUCAAUAUUCGUCCUCUGAGAUACUUUGAGGAUGUGACAGCAGCUGUGUCAGAGCUCAGAGAUCAACUACAGGACAUCCUGAGAGACACAGGGAUAGACAUCUCACUGAAAGUCACAGAAGCGGAGGUUCUACUGUCCGAACCAGAGCCAGAACCAAAGACCAGAGCUGGAUUCCUAAAAUAUUCACAAGAUAUUACUCUGGACCCAAACACAGUAAACAAAAAUCUGUUAUUGUCUGAGGGGAGCAGAAAAGUAACAUUACUGAAACAACAACAGUCUUAUCCUGAUCAUCCAGACAGAUUCAUUGAUUGGCUUCAGGUCCUGAGUAGAGAGAGUCUGACCGGACGUUGUUACUGGGAGGUGGAGUGGAAAGGAGGUGGAGUUAAUAUAGCAGUUUUAUACAAGAACAUCAGCAGAGCAGGAGGAUUACUUGACUGUUUAUUUGGAUUCAAUGACAAAUCCUGGACAUUAUGUUGUGACACAAAAUGUUACACGUUUUAUCACAACACAGUUAAAAUUCCAGUCUCUGGUCCAGUUUCCUCCAGAAUAGGAGUGUACUUGGAUCACAGAGCAGGUAUUCUGUCUUUCUACAGCAUCUCUGACACCAUGACUCUCCUCCACAGAUUCCAGACCACAUUCACCCAGCCUCUACAUGCUGGACUUGGAUUUUACUUGUGUGGAUCCUCUGCUGAGUUGAUGAAACUGAAAUAGUCAGAAGUAAAUUCAAGUUCAUUUAGAUGAGCUAAACUGUAACUACCAUGGUCAUCAGUCAUUAGUUUGUCAAAGAUCUUAUAUCAUUAAAGUGAUUGACUGUGUUCAUUGACAGAAGCCUCAAAUAAAGUCUUUCAAUCUUUUUUUUAUAAUCUGCCAAUAUCCUGAAGCUUUUCAGGAACAAUAAAGCUAUUUAUAAUCUUUCUGUAUUUUUUAAGCUAGAUCAUUAUAUUGUUAUUUUGAUAUCUUCAGAGGUUGUCGAAGAUGAGAAGAUGGAUGCUGCAGAGGGCAAAUGUCCUUAUUACUUUUUACGUAUUCUGCAACUGUUCCUACAUUCAAGCAGCAUUCUAGAAACACACAGAGGACCUGUGAGGCAGAGACAUAGAAACACAUUUGUGCUUCGUGUUCUCACUAAAACCAGGAAGAUAGAGAACAUCGACCUGGUCCUAAAGUCCUUCUACUGGCUCCAUUUAGCAACAUUUAGUUCCUAUGCUCCACUGAUCUGGAACAAUUUCCCAGAAAACUGCAAAUCAGCCGAAACA